AUGGUAUUCAAUUUUGGGGUAACGCCGCCCCAAGUAACAUUUAAAAAAUACAACCAUUCCAAUCCAUCUGCCUUCGCACUAUUACAAAAUCCCCCUGGGAAUGAUACGAGUUCCARCAUCGAGUUCAGUAAUAGCAGUACUGUCAAAUGUGAAAAUGUCAGUCGUUCCAUCGAUGAUUUUCCCCCGGACUUUUUCACUGACGACCAAAGACGUCACGGCGCUGUUGUUUUUCACUUCUUGGUGGCUUUUUAUGGAUUCGUUUUCAUAGCAUUCGUCUGCAAUGAUUAUUUCCUACCGUCAGUGUUUUGCAUAUGUUUAGACUUAGGCAUCUCGCCGGACGUGGCGGGAGCGACGUUCAUGGCGACAGCCACGUGCGCGCCGGAACUUUUCGUCAGCGUCAUCGGAACGUUCCUAACGGAAUCUGACCUCGGGGUGGGAACGGUGGUAGGCAGUGCCAUUUACAACACACUAGGCGUAUCGGCGUGUGCUGGCCUAGCCGCCAGGAAAGCCAUCACGUUAGAAAAGUGGCCGCUGCUCCGGGAUAGUGGCGUCUACUUAGUGUCGAUCAUUGCGCUGGCCAUCAUUGUAGUCGACGACGUGGUCAUGUGGUACGAGGCACUGUUUCUGCUGUUCAUGUACUUUGGGUACUUCCUGUUGAUGUUUAUGCAAGGAAAGCUCAGGACUGCUGCCAAAAAGUUGAAAAACAAAAAUUCGUUCCGAUCUUGGGCUAUAGUUUUCGAUUAUGUUCAACGGCUGUUUAUCAAUGCAUUGUUUUAUGGGAAAUUUACUUCGAAUGAAUCUCAAAGCAUUUCAUUGCCUGAGAAUGGUGUAAAAGCAUGUCAAUACGGAACGGCGACGAACUCGAUGAAGCCACCUGCGUUCGACAUUGGUUACGGCGUUUACCGUUCAUUUUACUUCACGGAGUACGUACCGCCUCCGCCGACAAAGAAGUCUCAGACGAGCAAAGAUCCCAAUGAAAUGAACGACGACGAGGAACCGAUCUCCCCCAUAUGGAAAAUACCCACAGGUGUAUUGCCAAUCAUGUGGUGGGCAUUUUCMUUACCGGUAGCAUUCAUGUUGUCGGUAACCGUGCCCGAUUGUCGGACAAGGCGUAAGGUGUACCCAUUCACGUUCAUCAUGUGCAUAAUUUGGAUAGGCAUCAGUUCAUACUUAGUGUCUUGGAUGUUGUCGAUAUGCGGAGAUACAUUUCAUAUUAGCGACAUUGUGAUGGGAAUAGCGGUUUUGGCUGCUGGUGGCAGUAUACCUGAAGCCACUUCGGGUAUAAUAAAUGCUCGAAACGGCGAAGGAUCGAUGAGCAUCAGCAACGCAUUGGGUGCCAACACACUGGAUAUACUAUUAUGCUUGGGCUUGCCGUGGUUUAUCAAAUGUCUUAUGCCGAUCUCCAUGAAUGGUGGACCUAUCCUGAUGGAAACCAACGAUUUAUUUUUUAACUGUAUAUGUUUGAUCAUCAGUGUAAUUGUGCUGAAUAUUGCAGCUGCUGCAAAUGGAUUCAAAAUGUACAAGACGUUUGGCAUCAUAUGUCUGAUUGGUCACGUUUGUAUCAUAACAAUAUUCAUAAUAAGCGGCCUAAAUGUAAAACAAGCAGAAAUUAGGCAAUGUUAGUAUGUAUCAAAUAGACACUAUUUAGAAUAUAAUAUUCAUUCAUUAGCUAUCACUUUUAAUUGUUGUCAAAUGAAAUGUCAUACAAUUGUUUUAAACAAGUGUUUACAAAAUGUAUGUACACUGAGUACAGUAAAGUAACUAUGAACAUCGAUUUCAUUUUAUUAGUUUUAAUAAAACAAAUAUUAUGUUUAACUAAUGUAGAUAUUUUGAACCAAUGACGUGUAGUGAACAUUAGAACAUUAAGAAUAGUUAUGAGUAUAGUAAUAAGUAUUUUGAUAAAAAUAACCACCUAUUUAUGCAUUGUUGUGCCAACAUUUAUUUUACCAUUUAAUAUUAUUUGAGUAGUAUUUUUAGUUUAUUAUACAUAUUGACUUGUAUGUUAACUACAAAUUGUAGGUCCUAUGGAACUUGUUUUAUAUUAUUUAAUCUAGUUGAAAUCUUUUAUAGUUUUUUUUUUUUAAUUAAUAACCAUCAAUGAUAAUUUUAUUUAAAUAUUUCAACAACUCAAUAAGAAUGUUAAAUAGCUAUAAGACUGAUGAGUAUAUUAAUAUAAAAUAACUAAUUAUGGCUAAUAACCUGCAACCAAUAGAAUACAAUUUCCAUUAAUAAUAA